CGACCCGCUCUCGCAACCCCCUAAGGUUUUAGUUUCCUUCCGUUUAUCGGUACUAACUCACUCUACUGUACCGGGCACGAUCGACUGGGAAAAGCAUUCGUCGGGCUACUAUCGCUGCUUUGGGCCUUCUGUGAUAUCAAAAAUGGGUGCUGUCAGGAAAAUUAAGACCAAGCGCAGGACUAGAGACUAUGAUCAAGUCCGCGCCGACAUUCAGACGCCCAAGCAUCUCACGCAAUACAAAGCCACCAAAGAUGCAGAGGACCUUCCCGGUCUAGGAGAACACUAUUGUGUUGAAUGCUCGAAAUGGUUCGAGAGUGAAUUCAACCUGGUCGGCCAUAAGAAGGGCAAGAACCACAAGAGAAGACUUCGCAUCCUGCGUGAAGAAGCCCACUCGCAAAAGGCCGCCGAGGCCGCAGUAGGCCUGGGUACCGACAAUGGCGUGAGAGUGCAGGAAGAGACCGUGAUGGCCAUGGAUGAUUAAAUCUUGCAUUCGAUCCUACACAAGCAAGCAGCCUCUCGAAAAUUGCCAACGUGAAGCCGAGCUGGUUGAUAUUGCAUUGGAAUGACCCUUUCCAACUCUGCAACAGGCCUCUAGAGGGCUCGAAAAUUUUUACCGCAUCAAUGCAAAUUUGCAGCCGCUUGUCGUUGUCACCAAAGUGAUAUGAUUGGCUGUUUGCGGACAAAAGCUUGUCGCCCGAUGCAUGAUUCGCCAAGUCUCACACUAAGCACGUGAAACCAUAAGGUGCCGAAAAUCGCCAGUUUGCUGGGCAAAGGGUGUCGCCGAGCGCACUGUUUCCGUCUUGCGGUGACCCCCUGCAAACUGCCGGUUCUCGGAGCGCCGUACAGUGAGGUCCCCACUCGGAUCGGAUCCGACUCCUCUUGCGCGAGAGUAAUUUACAAGCUGCAAUUUAAUUUACAGUACGUGGGGGGAAUCGAUCAUCGAACUGUCUUUCGUCGUCCGCUCUUAAGCUUUCUUGUUCU